GUCAUUAAACAAUUCGUCGUUUCCGCGCGUGUAUAUCGCGGUCCGACCUAUAUUAUUAUUUUAUACAAUAUAAAUUGAUAAUUAUAUUUUGUAACAUCAAAUAAACACAAUAUCUAUUAUAAUGGGUAAUUAAAUAACUGUGUGCAUCAUGAUUACGACAAGCGCCUCUAAAAUCCAACGUCCAUGAGACAAUCGCGGUAUUUUCAACGUCAUAUUUAUUACAGCUGUGUUGACGAUCCUCGUUCAAGUAAACGAACUUGGUUGCUGUUAUUUGGUAUGUCCUCAAACAAUGAACCUACUUGGAGAAUAUGCAGAAAAGCAGUGUGGAUGUUGAUAAAAAAUGUUAAUAACUUAGCCAAUUCCGAAGCUUUACUAAACCGACAAGAGAAUGACCUUCAUAUUGCAAGCGGCAAAUGCUUCAUUUUAUUACUGACGGCUAUCCAAGCGCCGGAAAAGUCACGACUGGAAUCCGCGCAGGCCGAGUUCAAGCGAUUUGAAGCGCGGUGCGGCGCAAUGUUGGACGAUGGUGGUUGGUUGGGGUUGGUCAGGCGAAAACUACAAUUUUCUUCCGUCACCGCCACGGGCGUCGACUACUACGACGGACAGAUUGCGCUGGCUGACGUCACCUUAUGCAUAGUCGGACUGAUGGUCGUCAAGAUAGUGAACGGAUAUAACGUCGGUCAUAUGGCUACCGCUAAAACGGUUUACACACUGCGACGUGCCUGGAAAAUGUAUCAGCAGUGUUACGCCUCUAUACUGGACGUCUACCGCACCCUGUACGAACUGGACCCCGACGAAAACGCUCCGCGGUGGCCGCCGGUUUUGAAACGCAGACAAUCUUCAUCUGCCACCUCGUUGGCUUCGACGUCGAACGUAGGAAGUCGUAUGUAUCGCUCGGCUACCACAUCGUUUGAAACGAUUCGUCAAGACGGUGUAGCAAAUGGUAUGUCUAAAGACAUAGUUAGAUUAAUGGCAGCGGUCAGUGUGGGAUACGGUGCUUUUAAUUUGAUUUUAUCAUUAGUUUCACCAAUGAUGAUCCCUCUAAUUGGAAUGUUAGGUUUUCGUGGAAAUCGCCAAACCGGUCUAGACGCUUUAACGUUUGCCAAAAAUGGACCUGACGUACACGCACCGUUGGCAUGGUUGAUCCUGUCAUGGUAUUACAUGAUGGGAAACACAGAUUACUUGUUCGACGGUCCCCAGUCUCGAGAAAAUGAAAUCUAUGUCAAGGAAUCAGAACAAUUAAUUAAUAAUCCGCCCGAAGAAUUCCAAAACUCAACAACUCUGCAGUACUUUAUCGGGCGAUCGCUUUAUCUCAAGGGUGAUUUAGAACAAUCGAUACAAGCGUACGAAAUUGGAUCAACAGUUUUAGUUGACAAUUCUUUUAUAAGUAUGAAAACAAUGUGUUUACAUGAGUUAGGAUUCAUGUAUGCAAUUCAAUUGGAUUGGAUUGCUGCAUAUAAAAAGUUUGCAAGUGUAGCAGAAGUGUGGAUGAGGCAAUAUCAUUAUUUCAUGGCUACAGUGUGCGCAGGCGCGGCGGGCGAUACAACUAUGGCGGAGCUGAUGAAACGGCGGGCUGAUGAGACGAUCAACGGCUGCAGGUUGGACGCGUGUCGGGGAAUAAUGUACAGCUUCAUAGAGAGCAAGAGGACUAAGGUGGCCGAAGCGCUGCGGUGGACGGCGGCGGCCUCGAGCGAAGACGACGUCGACUGCAAACACGGCCACUUCCAGUGUAAUCACUGCGACGGGCAGCGAUACUGCCGUUUGAUCGCUUACGAAGUGCUGUACGUCAAAUACGGUGUGGCCAAGUGGCCGGUAGACACGUUGCACUCCGUCUUGUCGGAUUGCCAAGAAGCUGAAGACGACGACAACAUGAUGUGGUACACAAAACAAUUGCUGACGAUCGUCUGUCGGAAAGUUUUGGGUUUCGUCGACGACUACUGUCAAUCUCUGAUUUACAUUGUUGAAAAUAUGGACCAGAAUAAUCGACGUGAUCACUUAUAUGUAUAUGGAGUUUACGAACUGACUGCUGAACAGAUAAGACACAUUGAAACUAUAGACGAUGGCAAACGAACAGUCCAAAAACUCAAGGAUAUUAAACGACGUUACCAUUUUCAGUACUUUUACGAAAUGCGAUGUGUCUCGUUACAAGCGUACGUACAAAAAUUAAACACCAGAUGACAACUUUCUAAGUCCGAAAAACUACUAUACGACGGAAUGUGAACAAAAAAUUUUUUUGGGAACUUAUUGUUGUUUAUCAGUUUUUUUUUAUUAUUCAAACAGAUAUAUAUUUUUAUUGUUGUCAUUCAUCUAUCAUCAAAAUCGUAUACUAGAGUGCAAUAUUAAAAACGUAUUUUUUAUAUUAAAUGGAUGAAAUAGGGCUAUAGAAACUAAGCCGUCCAAAAAAUAGUUAUAGAAAAUUAGUGCCUUGUAUCGAGUAAGAAAAACAAUAAAUGAUUAAAAAAGGUAUCUAUUACCUUUAUAUACAAUAUUUAAUUAAGUAA